AGAGCAGAAGAUGGGGCUCCGCGGGCGGGUGCUGCUAUCAGGGGUUUCCUUGGCAGUGGGUGCUGCGCUGGGAGCCGGGGUGACAGUAUGGAGAAGCCGGGACGGGGCCGGUAACGUUGGAGUGCUAGAUAUUCUCGGAUUCCAGACGGUGCAGGCUUCCACCCAGCUAUCGUUACCCCCAUCUGCAGGGCUCACACGGUUCGGUCUCCCCGGGCUAAGCCAGUUGAAGAGCCGCGAAUCCUACGUGUUGAGCUAUGACCCUCGGCUCCGGGGUCCCGCUUGGGUACUGGAACACCUGAGCCCAGAGAGGCUGCAUGGCAGCGCCGAGCGCCAGGGCUGCGACUUCCAGGAGGAUGUGUCGGUGCAUCAGUAUCACCGGGCCGCCAACUCCGACUUUAAGGGCAGCGGGUUCGACAGGGGCCACCUGGCAGCGGCAGCCAAUCACAAGUGGAGCCAGAAAGCCAUGGAUGAGACCUUCAUUCUAAGCAAUAUCUACCCACAGAACCCUCACCUAAAUCAAAAGGCCUGGAAUAACCUGGAGAGGUAUUGCCGCAGUGUAACGAAGAAAAACAAGAAUGUGUACGUGUGUACUGGGCCCCUCUUCCUACCCAGGAGGGAGCCGGAUGGGAACAUGUAUGUUAAGUAUCAAGUCAUUGGAUCAAAUAAUGUGGCUGUCCCAACACACUUCUUUAAAGUGGUGGUACUGGAAAAGUUCAGUGGAGAGAUAGAACUGCGCUCAUAUGUCAUGCCCAACCAUCCUGUAGACGAACAGAUUCCAUUGGAACGCUUCCUUGUGCCUAUAGAGAGCAUCGAGAGGGCUGCUGGGCUGCUCUUUGUCCCUAAUAUUCUCAAGAACACUAAUAAUUUAAAGGCCAUAACAGCAGGUCGAUAAUCUACAGACUGGAGCAAGUCACAUUCCUGCAAUGGGUUGGAAUUCUCCUAGCAGUAAUAUAUUUAUUUAUAAAUAUAUAUCAUUUUUUAAUUUUAUUUUUUUUAAAAAGCCUUUACAGGGAAAUAUUUGCAAAGUACUGUCAAAAGGAAAGGGUUAUAACACAGGAUUUGUAAGGGGUGUAAUAAAAGCUAAAAUGCACGAAGAUUUACUGUUAAUAAAACGGAUUUCAGUGA